GGAAGGGCACGCCCACUCCUGGUACGGUGGCCCGGACGGAGUGGCACAGGAGGCGGCCUAGAAUCUUUUCUGGAAAUCACCGACGUGAUGUCUUUCAAGCGAGAAGGGGAUGAUUGGAGUCAACUCAAUGUGCUCAAAGCUGAUCCCCACGGGCUUCUCCCUCUAACACCUUCAGAAACGAAGAGUCGGUGACCUGCUGGCCAGUUACAUCCCGGAAGAUGAGGCGCUGAUGCUGCGGGAUGGACGCUUUGCUUGUGCCAUCUGUGCCCACCGACCUGUAUUGGACACCCUGGCUAUGCUUACCGCCCAUCGUGCAGGGAAAAAACAUCUGUCUAGCCUGCAGCGCUUCUAUGGCACGAAGCAGCCAGGGAAGGGACUGGAGCAGAAUCCCAGACAGCAGGAGGAAGCCGGGAAGGAAGAGAGCAAAGCCGAGGCUCCUCUGUUAGCCCAGACCCGACUUAUCACUCAGAAGGCGCUGCACAGAGCUCCCCACUACAAUAGCUGCUGCCGCAGAAAGAACAGACCAGAAGCCCCCCGACUCUCCGCCCCCCAGGGCUCUCUACCACUCCCGGUGCUUGAGCUCCAGAGUGGGAUAGACAAGGAAGCCAGACCAGCCCAGGAGCCCGACACCGGCCCUACCCCUACCCCUCUGAGCCCCACCAGGAGACGCACUCUGGACCACUACCUCCACCUACGAAGCUCUGGAUGGAUCCCAGAUGGACAAGGCCGAUGGGUCAAAGAUGCGAAUGUUGAGUUUGACUCUGAUGAGGAGGAGCCCCCUGGCCCUCCCUUGGACUGACACUAUCCCCCACUCAAUUCAUAAAUAAACCACAGCAGGUGCUGGGCGAGCCUUCCCUCCAGCCAGGUGGCCUGUCCCAGUGCUGUCCUUCAGCUCCGCUCAUUCUCAGCUGGCCAAGCCUUCCCCACAUGGACACGACUCCCCAUAUUCCUGACCCCUCCCCCCCUCCCGAGGUCCUGCCAGGCGUCAGCUGCCUGCAGCCCUAUUAAUAAGUCUGUCGGAGGAAGCCUUACGCCCUUCGUGCUUGCUGGCGUCCCACCUCCAGGACCCCUUUCCUCCCAAAAGCACAUGAAACUUACGGGGAAGCCUGGCCUGGGGUCCUAGCCACAGCUGAGAGCAGCGCCAAGGCGGGGUAACUUGCGGGCAAAAAGAGACUCCUGAAGGCAUUAGUGGAUUCUGGGGAGCACUGGGGAGGGCGUCCCCACCUCCUCCUGGUAACCAGAACCUCCUUGCCCACUGCUCCCUAGAGUAUAAAUAAUCCCCUGAAGCUGGCAGUGACCUGGGGAGACGGCGCCAAGAUUUCCACCCCAGAGCCCGUAGAAGGAGGCAGGCGGAGUGGACAGAAGGACCUUUAUUUACAGGAGACGUGUGGGCGAGGACUUCUGGGUUUGGGGCUCCCAGCUCACGUCAGGAAAGGGACAGGCCUUAUCACCUCUUCUGCUGCUGGCGGCCUGUGAGAGAGGCAGGAAGCAGGCAUUGGUCCCUUCUCCAGCUUCCCUCCACAGUGCUCCCUUUCCUCUUUGGCAUCCCUCAACCACACUCCUGAAGAAUCCAGCAAGUCGGAUUGGGUGACAGCAUGUAGGAGUCCUGGGUUCAAUACCCGGUACUGCAUGGUCCCAUCUGAGUACUGAACCAGGAGCAGCUGCCAGGUGUGGUCCAAAAGCAAAAAAAUAAGGAAAAAACCCUGGGAGAGCCCACUGGACGGCUCCACCCACCCCCACGAGCAAAGCAGGAAACAAUACAGCAAAUAAAAAUGUCCUG